CACACACCCGCAUGUGCACGGGAGGAACUUCCUCUUUGGAUUUUUUCUGUGGCCUCUCUCUGGUAUAUAAGCAUGAGGAGAAAGGCCAAAUGAAUUCAGUCAAACUCAGCAGCAGCAGUCAGAACAUCCUUGUCCAAGAUGCUUCUCUUCAUCUUGCUGUCUCUGUGGGCUUCACCCUGCUUCACCUCCUUGCUGCCCAACCAGGACCGUGUGGAGAUCCUGAUGGACAACGUGGUGUAUGUUCAAGUCCCCUACGACCGUAACACCAAGGUCCAUGUCCCCCUCACCUGUGGCCAGAGUUACCAGGACCAAGCUGUGUUCUGGAAGAAGGAUGGGAAGGAACAGAAGCCAGCUCUGCGGGGAAACAGCGUCAGCGUCGUGGUGGAGGAGAUGGGUGGAGGAAAUUACACCUGUCACUCCGGGUCGGACAGACGGGUCCUCAACCACACGCUGGUCCUGGUCAAACUGGACUCAGACAAUCAACAUGUCAUCUUGGAGAAGCCCCCGACUGGAGGACCAAUCCACUGUUCUGCUCCCAACUACAACGGCGCCUUCCACUGCAAAUGGAAAAGAACGCGGUUACGGUCCGGCGCUUCGGUCCUCCAGGUCAAAGUCCAACGCAACGGGACAGCCAUUCCCUGCACGCUGCUGGUGGACGGAUCUGGAGUCCACUGCCAGGACAGCAGCUGCCCACACAGUGAGGAGCAGCAUCACAUCUCCAUCACUGUCUGCAUGAGGAACCAUGCCCGACUGGAGGAGUACUCCAAGCAGUUCUUCUUGAGGGACAUCGUGAGACCAGACAAACUCCAGAAUCUUCGCUCCAGUGAGGAGUCGGUGUUCAGCUGGGACCUUCCAGACACCUGGGCCCAGCCCUGCAGCUUCUACAGCCUGGAGUUCGAGGUGAAGGUGGUGGACGAGGAUCAACCCUGCUCCUGGGAUGGACACAUACUGGAGGGCAUCACGGAUGAGAGGCAGUUCAAGGUGGACGUGGAAUCCAAUGGCUACGUCUUCUGUGUGCGAGCUCGGGACAAGUUCACCAGUGGACCGUGGAGCCACUGGAGCCAGUGCAUGGUUCCUGAAAACAUGAUGAAGACAUGCUAGCGUCGCCCCCAGCAGGACGAGGCUUGAAGAGAGUUGCAGUCAACAUAAUCGCGUGUUACUUCUUGGUGGAAUUAAAU